GAACACGGCGCUCGGGAUGGCUCGUCGGUUGCUUCCGCCGCUGGACAGGACCAGCGUCUGCAUGUGCCGGACUAGCUCGGGCACGCGGUCCCAGUGGCCCUCGGCGCGGCAGCGAUCCAGUUCACUGUCUAUCUUCAGGUAUUGGUGACCAUGAGAUCUCUGCGGCUGCUCAGAACCCCCUUCCUGUGUGGCCUGCUCUGGGCCUUUUGUGUCCCAGGGGGCAGGGCCCAGAAGCCUGGGGACAGCUCCUCCCAUCUCGGCAGCGUGGGCCUGGAUAAGAACACAGUGCACGACCAUGAGCAUAUCAUGGAACAUCUAGAAGGUGUCAUCAACAAACCAGAGGCGGAGAUGUCCCCACAAGAACUGCAGCUCCAUUAUUUCAAAAUGCAUGAUUAUGACGGCAAUAAUUUGCUUGACGGCCUAGAACUCUCCACAGCCAUCACUCAUGUCCAUAAGGAGGAAGGAAGGGAACCGGCACCACCGAUGAGCGAAGAGGAACUGAUUAACUUAAUAGAUGGCGUUUUGAGAGACGACGACAAGAACAAUGACGGAUACAUCGACUAUGCUGAAUUUGCAAAAUCCCUGCAGUAGACAUUACGUGGCCAGCUAGUUAUUAUGCAAAUGUGACCUGUUAGAAUGUGAUCGGACACUUUCAGUAAUGCGAAAGAACUCAUUUCCAACUACUGCCAAAGUAUUUUGGUAAAAACCUGUAGCAAUUGUUACACUGGGAUGCGAAAGAGAAAUGGGACAUGUAGUCCUCCUGUGCUGUUAAAUCUCCUGUUGGACAAGGGCUUCUUAAAUCAUCUGUUUAAGAAUAUGGGAUAAUUGGAGCUGAGUACUCAGGAACAUGACUAUAGAAUACUGCUAGUCUCUUGGUUUUAAUUCAUGCUAUCUGAAAAGGAAGACAGGCUUUGCCAAAUGGACACACUUUUCGGUAGCAGUGAAGGAAUAAAUGAAUGAAUGCCAAAUGUUUCCCUCUGUGGGUCCUGUCUCUUCAGGUAAAUGUGGUCAGUAUUCUGUAAAGUUUCUCUGGCUAAAAUGAUUGCUUGCUUUGGGCAAGUGAGUAUUGAUUAGGCCAUUUCAAAGCCACAGCAUAAGACGAAUGUCAAAUAGUGAUUUCAGCUAGCCACAGAGGCUGUAUCUUCUGACACUUUGGAUAUGAUACACCACUGACCUAAGCGCUUAACCUUCUUCAGUUUUUCAAUAUUUUAUAAAACUACUGCCACUUCCUUAUACUUUUUUUCUUUUAUGUUUUCUUCAACCUGGGAGAGACCUUGAAUUUAAAAGUGUUCUCUACUCUAAUCAAUAACAAAUGUUUUAGCUUUCGUAAUAUUUGUAUUUAACUCUUAUUUCUAAGGUUUCGUUUUUACAGUUUAGAAACUUAGGAACGUAAGGGUUUAGCCCUUCUGCUGAUACAGCGGGGGUAAAACUAGCUGCUCCAGCCUAAGUGAGAAGUGAAAAGGUCAUUCACCUGAUGAUACAACUUAUAUUUAGAAGGAGUGUUGUUUAAAUUACCUCUUCUAGCCUAAAUACAGGAUCAGGAAAGAUUAGAAAAAGAAGUGUAAAAACUCUUAAUGGUGUGAAUCUCAAUAGUAGUUGAAAAUGAGAAGCAGCAGCAAAUUGUAAUUUGGUGUAUUGGAUGUGAUAGAAAACCUGAGACGAUUGAAUGCGGGGAAAAGCUGCAUAAAAUUUGCUGUAAGAUGUAUACUUAUUUUCUUUAUUAAAGUAUUCUUCUAAGAAAACUUGUAUUUGUAAAAAUGGUUUCCUGUGUCAAGUAUUUGUGCAAUCAGAGCUGAACUGUAAACUAUUCUUGUAAAAUCUAGUUAUUUUGAAAGAUUUAUAUAAUGAAUUCUGGAUAUAUGACCAAUAAAACUGAUGAAACAAAA